UGUUAGAAUUUCUUGUGUUCUCAUGCAAAUAUUUAUUUUUCUAGGGAGCCCAGGAACCAAAGAGCCACAUGUUUUCAAUCUAACCUCCCUGACCAAGUCUGAAAAUAUCUUGUCGGCUUCGUUGCAUUAUUACAUCGGGGACCUAUUAAAUGCUACUUGGAGUUGCCCCCAUUCCGGAGGCUGCUCUCGUCAUAGACAUAGGAAACCUGAAAUUCAAAUAGAUCUCUCAAUAUUGAGCUUUCCUUCUGAUGGGAACCAGACUCGUACCCUGGGACAUUUUCUAAUAAAUGUUUCUGUGGCUUAUCGGGACGCCCUUUCCUGGCAGUGGAAGGACAUUACUCAUGUCCUGAGGGAGGCAAAGCAGAAUGGUGAGCUUCUGAUUGGCGUGAAAAUGGCCUUGACUGGCCGCUAUUCCUGGAGGAGGAUGCCAUCCAGCUAUGAACCUUACAUCCUGGUGUACGCCAAUGACUCUGCUAUUUCAGAACCAGAGAGUGUUGUUUCUAGCUUGCAGGGACACCGGAAUUCCCUGGUUGAGGGCUUCCCCAGACCUGAAAGCCACUCAAAGAGCAGCCUGGGAGAACAGCGACGGAAACGUUCCACCAGCAUCCUGUUGCCUUUGCAGAACAAUGAGCUCCCAGGUACCGAGUACCAAUACAGUGAGGACGAGGGUUGGGAAGACAGGAAACCCUACAAAACCCUCCAGCCCCGGCUGGCAGAGAGGACAAAGAGUAAGAAAAAACAGAGAAAGAGCAACCACCAGAAAAGCCAAACUCUCCAGUUUGACGAGCAAACUUUGAAGAAAGCAAGAAGGAAGCAGUGGAACGAACCGAGGUACUGUGCGCGGCGCUAUCUCAAAGUGGAUUUUGCAGACAUUGGCUGGAGCGAAUGGAUUAUUUCCCCUAAAUCCUUUGAUGCAUAUUACUGCUCAGGCGAAUGCCAAUUCCCCAUUCCAAAGGCCUUGAAGCCAUCAAACCAUGCCACCAUUCAGAGCAUCGUGAGAGCAGUUGGGGUCAUCCCGGGUAUACCUGAGCCUUGCUGUGUUCCUGACAAAAUGUCUUCUCUCAGCAUCCUGUUCUUUGAUGAAAAUAAGAAUGUGGUGCUUAAGGUCUACCCCAACAUGACAGUGGAGUCCUGUGCCUGCAGAUAACAUCCCUUUGCAAUGUCUAAAUUGAGCUCUUGCUUUUCCUUCACCCCAACCCCCACCAAUGCAUUUCAUUCAAAGAGAGAUUUAUACACAAACCUGAAUUAGAGAGGAGCUACUGAAUGGAGAAGACUUCACUUACUCUUGAACCUGACUGAGAAAUAAGCUUUGGCAACUGGGACUAUUUCUAUUGCAGUGUACAAACGAGAAGUGAAAGUUACAAAGGACUGUUCAAGAUAGUUUUGAAACUGUCAGGAGGACAACACUGAUUUAUUUUUGUACCAGGCUUUGAAAAUGGCAGAGACUGUUUGAUUUUUGUCUCCAUUCUUCUAAUGACUAAUGGGGGAAGAGAGAUUACAAAAUACAUUAUGUAUUUGAAGCUAUGCCUUGGGUUACUAAACCGCUCCGCAAGUGCUAAAUAACCUGAACACAAAUCUAACUUAUCCUAAGAGACUUAGAAAAUCCAACUUAACCAUUUAUUCCCUUGAUAUGACAUGUCAUUGACUUUUAUGUAUAUUCAUUUUUGUUUAGCUUGUUCUUCAUAAUACUGCCCCUGAGACAUUCCUUCCUUCAGCGUAGGUAAUGUUAAGUCACAAUUAUGCUGCAUGAGAAGUUCUAAUAUCACUCAGAAGGGCUUUUCUCUCAUGCCAGAUACAGUGGGAAGCAACUGACCCCAAAGCCUAGCACAGUGAUUUUCAACCUGUGGUCUUUGGACUAUGCCUAAGAAUUCUAAAAGAAUUUGUACUGCCAUUUGAAAUUUUUAGGGGUCUGCCAAUGAAAAAUGUUGAAAAAUCACUGGCCACCUAGCAAAAUGCAAGUAGUAUAGUCAACAACACAGUUGAGUGAAUAAUGAGCAAGUAUUUUAUCUGAUGUCUGCAAGCAGUCUGUAAGCAACCCUAAAAGGUCUAAAAAUGUUACAUGAAAUUUGGUGAAUUCUUUAUCUGUAAUUUAAUUCUUUAUCUGUAAUUAACUUCACUGAUUCUUUGAUGAUCAGCCUUUAGUCUGGUAGUGUGUUUUGAUUGCUUGCAUAGGUCAGGUGGUAUUGUUUCCAUUCUUUUAUUGGAUACAUGUUGCUUUUAGGAUCCAGUCGCAAGUUCAAAAUUUGCUCCGGGAGAGUUUUUCCUAAUAAAUACAUAAAGUGUGGUAUGUCCAU